AUGGCGUCCAGAAUCAAGACGGCCCUCUGGGGCCCGCCGUCGGUCGAGCGCUCGCUGCUCAUCAAGCUCGACUUCACCGUGCUCAUCUACUUCUCCGUGGUGUGGUUCCUGUUCGGCAUCAAUCGCGCCAGCUACAGCACCGCCUACAUCAGCGGCAUGAAGGAAGAUCUGAACUUCCAAGGGAAAGACUUCAACUACAUGCACACAAUCUAUCUCGUCACCUACGCCGUGUUCCAGAUCCCAUCAACCUCAAUCUUGACCAUCGUCAAACCGCGAUACGUGUUUGUCGCCGCCAACACCGUUUGGAGCGUGCUCACGCUGGUCACUUUCCGAGCGACUCACGUCUAUCAAGUCUUCAUUCUCAAUGGGUUUGAAGGCGCCUUUUCUGCCAUUGCAUAUGUGGGUGCGCAUUUCAUCUACGGAUCGUGGUAUAAGCAAUCCGAGCUUGCUACCCGCGCAGCCGUCUUCUGCGCUUUUGGCAACCUCGGCAAUAUGGCGGGAGGCUGGAUCCAGGCCGGUCUUUUGGCUUCUCUCUCCAACGGCCCGAUCGCUCCAUGGCGGCUCAUUUUCGUGGUGGUUUCAUGUGUUACAAUCCCCUUCGCCGUAUUUGGCUGGUUCGCGAUUCCCGAUCUGCCAGAACACCGCUCCGCCAGGUUCCUAUCUCCCGAAGAGAGGGACCUCGCAGUUACCCGCCUCGGCCGGACCAAGACCAAAGAAUGGGACUUGAGCAUUUUUCGGCGUGUUCUUCUCAGCUGGCAAUUCUGGCUGCUCCCAACCGUGUUCAUGCUCUACUCGCUCAGUGUCCAAGCGAUACAAAACAAUGUGAUGCCCCUCUGGAUGGCCUCUCGCGGAUACGGCGUCAUCCAACAGAACAACUACCCGACAGCAAUCUACGCAACAGGCAUCAUCGCAACGUUCAUCUACUGCGCAGUAUCUGACAAGCUUCGCUCUCGCUGGCAGGCGUCCCUGUGCAUAGGCUUCACUUUCAUCGUCAGCAGCGCCAUCUUGAUCUCAGACCCGCCAGACGCGGGCUACUUUUUCGCCUUCUACCUCAUGGGCACGACGUACGCGCCGCAAGCGCUCUGGUACUCGUGGAUGGCUGAUCUCACGGCCCACGAUCUGCAACUCCGAGCAAUCACGACAGGCUUCAUGAACUCAUUCGAUUUUGCAUUUGUGACGUGGUGGCCUCUUAUCUUUUAUCCCGUGACCGACGCGCCAAACUACCAAAAGGGGUACAUUGCCAGCUUGGUGACGGGGGCGCUGACCGUGCCAGUUAUCUUGUUGAUUGCUUUUCUCGAGAGGAGAGGAAGACGAAACGGAACUCUUGCUGGCAAUAUCAAUGAAGGUUCCUAUUCAGACGAAUACACUGACACCGUUGAACACACCAAUGCUAACGAGCGCACCAACACCGACGAAGAUGCAAAUACGGCAAAGGGCGCCGAGAUAGCGACAGAUGUGUCGCGCAGGUAA